AUUCAUUAACCUUCUGCUUCAUCAAAAAGAAAGAGACACAACGAGAGAGAUGGAAGUAAUGCGAGUUCUUCACAUGAACAAAGGGAACGGUGAAACAAGUUAUGCCAAGAACUCCACCGUUCAGAGCAACAUAAUAUCUCUAGGCAGAAGAGUAAUGGACGAGGCCUUGAAGAAGCUAAUGAUGAGAAAUUCAGAGAUUUCGAGCAUUGGAAUCGCCGACUUAGGUUGUUCCUCCGGUCCGAACAGUCUCUUGUCCAUCUCCAACAUAAUUGACACGAUCCACAACUUGUGUGCUGACCUCGAACGUCCAGUCCCUGAGCUCAGAGUCUCUCUCAAUGACCUCCCUAGCAAUGACUUCAACUACAUCUUUGCUUCUUUGCCGGAGUUUUAUGACCGGAUUAAUAAUAACAAGGAGAGUUUAGGGUUCUGUCGCGGAGGAGGAGAAUCGUGUUUUGUGUCGGCCGUCGCUGGCUCGUUCUACGGACGUUUGUUUCCUCGCCGGAGCCUUCACUUUGUGCAUUCUUCUUCUAGUUUACAUUGGUUGUCUCAGGUUCCAUGUCGUGAGGCGGAGAAGGAAGAUAGGGCGAUAACAGCUGAUUUAGACAACAUGGGGAAAAUAUACAUAUCAAAGACUAGUCCUAAGAGUGCACAUAAAGCUUAUGCUCUUCAAUUCCAAACUGAUUUCUUGGUUUUUUUGAGAUCGCGAUCUGAGGAGUUGGUCCCGGGAGGCCGAAUGGUUUUAUCGUUCCUUGGUAGAAGCUCGCUGGAUCCCACAACAGAAGAGAGUUGCUAUCAAUGGGAACUCCUAGCUCAAGCUCUUAUGUCCAUGGCCAAAGAGGGUAUCAUCGAGGAAGAGAAGAUCGAUGCUUUCAACGCUCCUUACUAUGCUGCAAGCUCCGAAGAGUUGAAAAUGGUGAUAGAGAAAGAAGGGUCCUUUUCGAUCGAUAGGCUCGAGAUAAGUCCGGUUGAUUGGGAAGGUGGGAGUAUCAGUGAGGAGAGUUAUGACCUAGUAGUAAGGUCCAAACCUGAAGCCCUAGCUAGUGGACGAAGAGUGGCUAAUACCAUAAGAGCUGUGAUUGAGCCGAUGCUAGAACCUACAUUCGGUGAAAAUGUGAUGGACGAGCUUUUUGAAAGGUAUGCAAAGAUCGUGGGAGAGUACUUCUAUAAAUCAACAGUUGAUGUUCCUCCGGGAAGCGAUGGUUUUCCGGUGAUCGGAGAAACACUUCAGUUCAUGCUUUCUGUCAACAGCGGCAAAGGCUUCUACGAAUUCGUCCGUAGUCGCCGUAUCAGGUACGGAAGUUGCUUUAGGACAAGUUUGUUCGGAGAGACACACGUAUUCCUGUCGACGACCGAUUCAGCUCGGGCUGUUCUAAACAAUGAGUCAGGGAUGUUCACGAAACGGUACAUAAAGUCCAUAGGUGAGCUUUUAGGUGACCGGAGCCUUCUCUGUGCUUCUCAACACCAUCACAAGAUUCUCCGUAGCCGUUUGAUAAACUUGUUCUCCAAAAGAUCGACGGCUCUGAUGGUUAGACAAUUUGACGAACUCGUCGUGGACGCUCUUAGUGGAUGGGAACACCGUGGUACAGUGGUCUUGCUCACAGAUUUGCUCCAGAUAACAUUCAAAGCAAUGUGUAAGAUGUUAAUAAGUCUAGAAGACGAAGAAGAAUUGGGCUCCAUGCAAAAAGAUGUGGGCUUUGUUUGUGAAGCCAUGCUUGCUUUUCCUCUCAAUUUACCUUGGACUAGAUUCCACAAGGGAAUCAUGGCAAGAGGAAGAGUUAUGGAGAUGUUAGAAAAGAUAAUUAGAGAACGGAGAAAUGAAAUAAACAGUCAAAAUAAUCAUCAUGAAGAUUUUCUGCAGCAGCUUCUCGCAGUAGAUAACGACACUCCUAAGUUGACUGAUGCUGAGAUUACGGACAAUAUUCUGACCAUGAUCAUUGCAGGUCAGGACACGACGGCUAGUGCUCUAACAUGGAUGAUCAAGUACCUCGGUGAAAAUCAGAAGGUUUUGGAUAUUCUUAUUGAAGAGCAAUCUCAGCUUACAAAUAAGGCGUCAAAUAAACCUUUUCUUGAAUUAGAAGAUCUCAGUGAAAUGCCAUAUGCCUCAAAGAUGGUGAAAGAAUCUCUGAGAAUGGCGUCUGUUGUGCCUUGGUUCCCAAGAUUAGUACUUCAAGACUGUGAAAUGGAAGGAUAUAAGAUCAAAAAGGGGUGGAAUAUAAAUAUUGAUGCAAGAUCCAUUCAUCUUGAUCCUACUGUAUAUAAUGAACCUCACAAGUUCAACCCUUUAAGGUUUGAGGAGGAAGCAAAAGCAAACAGUUUCCUAGCAUUUGGGAUGGGAGGAAGAACAUGUCUUGGACUUGGUAUGGCCAAAGCCAUGAUGUUAGUAUUUCUCCACCGUUUUAUAACCACUUACAGAUGGGAAGUGGUAGAUGGAGAUCCAAGCAUCGAGAAGUGGACACUGUUUUCAAGAUUGAAGAGUGGAUAUCCAAUUCGCGUGUCACGUAGAUUGUAAAUUCAUAUGUUUCAAAUUAGAUCUUAUAUCCCAAUAAGUGUUCCUAGAUACGAUGAAUCAUAUCCAAAUGUGUAUUAUUUAAUUAAUAUAUUAUUUUACGAGUUUGCAUGAAUGAAAUGUCAUUUUGCCA